CGGACAUCCGGGCACUUCGUCCCCUGCCCACUGACCCACGACGCCUGGGGGCGGGGCCGCGGCGGGGCUCCUCCCCGACGGCCCACAAUGCUGCGCGGCGCGCCUCUUCCGGUGAAGCCAGACCUGCCCAGUCGCACGCAGCCGCUCGGCGCUCGGCUGGCGGCGCCUGCGCCCGCGGUGGCUUCCGGCGAGCGGCGUGGCCGCGGGGCUGCAGCCAUGACGUCCCUGCUCGCCAAGGACGCCUAUCUCCAGGGCCUGGCCAAGAGGAUUUGCGCGCAGCCCGGCCCCGAGCCGCAGAAGCGCGAGUGGGCGGGCAAGGCCCGAGGCUCGGAAGCUGCGGGGCCGCCGAGGAAGAAGAGGAAGAAGGCGCCCAGGAGGCCGCGGGGGACGCAGCGCCGGGCGUCGGCGGCAGCCCCGGGGCGUGAGGCCGCCGGCUGCACGGGGGCCGCCGCAGGGGCCCCCGCCGCGGAGCCGGACUCCGUCUUUGCGCUGGACGUCCUGCGACAGCGGCUGCACGAGAAGAUCCGGGAGGCCCGGGGCCAGGGCGGGGCCGAGGAGCCGUCGGCCGCCACCUUGGAGAAGCGGCGGCGCAGGAAGCAGGAGCGGGAGCGGAAGAAGAGGAAGCGCAGGGAGCGGCGUGCGGGGGCGGGGGCCGGGGGGGCCGAGGCCGCGGCCGAGCCGGCCCCAGAGGCGGCCCCCGAGGAGCCCCCCGAGCCGCCCAGGCUGAUCUUCAAUAAGGUGGAGGUGAGCGAGGAGGAGCCGGCCAGCAGGGCCCAGCGGAGGAAGGCGAGGCGGCAGCAGGUGAAGGGGAAGCUGACGCCGCUCACGGGCAGGAACUACCGGCAGCUGCUGGAGCGCCUGCAGGCGCGGCGGGGCCGGCUGGAGGAGCUGCGCGCGCGGGACGAGGGCAGCGCCCGGCAGCUGGAGGCCAGGGUGCAGUGGACCAACCUGCUGUACAAGGCGGAGGGCGUGAGGAUCCGGGACGACGAGGACUUGCUGCGGGCGGCCCUGCAGCGCAAGGAGAAGCGCCGGGCCCAGCGCCAGCGCCGCUGGGAGAAGCGCUCGGCCCGCGUGGUGCAGCAGAUGCAGCGGCGGCAGGACACGCGGCGCCAGAACCUGCGCCGCAAGAGGGCGGCCAGGGCCGAGCGGCGCCUGCAGAGGGCCCGCAGGAAGGGCCGCGUGCUGCCGCAGGACCUGGCGCGGGCCGGCCUGGCCUGAGCGCGGGCGCUGCCGGGGGAGGGGCGC